AAUUUGAACAAAAAUAAUUCAGAACCCGCAUGAUUUCCUUUCUCGUCAACGAGACAAGACAACCAAACUAUAAAACAGGGAGAUCUCUCUCUCUUAAUCUCUCUAUCUCUCGUUGUAUUAAAGAAACAAGAGAUCAAGCUUCAGCACUCCUCUUCUUCACCUAAUAAUGGAUGUUUCAUCGGGAAGAUGGUUCUCUGAAAUGGGCAUGGUAGACGACGACGAUUAUGAGUUUCUCAAUCAGUGCCACUUCAACGCUCUGAAUAACGAUUUCCCACCAUCUUUCUCUUCCGCUGUGACAGUGAGCGGUUCUUCCGACGAAACUUUUCAUACCACCAAGCAGCCAGGAACGACCAACAGCUGGAACUCCUGCACCACCUCUAAUGACCAUUCUUCUUCCCCUGCCUCUCAGCUCAUCUGUUUCCAGAAUCCAAAGGAGGAGGCCCUGUCACCUAUCAAUAUGAAUAGGCAGUACUCUUCAUCGUCUAUGCUUUCAAAUGAGAACAAAACCCAUCAACCAAACCCCAAUCGCGGAACCAAAAGGUCUCAGUCAGCUACAACUACAAGAAGUCCUUCUCACGCUCAAGAUCAUAUCUUGGCCGAGAGAAAACGAAGAGAGAAGCUUAGCCAGCGAUUUAUAGCUCUCUCUGCCAUUGUUCCUGGCCUCAAGAAGAUGGAUAAGGCUUCGGUGCUUGGAGAUGCAAUCAAGCACGUUAAGCAUCUUCAAGAACGGGUGAAAGUGCUUGAAGAACAGACCAAAAAGAGGACUAUGGAGUCCGUGGUUUUUGUGAAGAAAUCUCAGUUGGUUUCUGCAGAUGAUGGAUCAAGUUUGUGCGAUCAGAACUGCGAUGAUGCUGGAUUUCCUGAGAUCGAAGCAAGAGUCGCGGACAAGGACGUGCUAAUUCGGAUUCAGUUUGAGAAACAGCGGGGUGUUAUAGGCAAAAUACUGGAGCAAAUAGAGAAACUUGAUCUGUGUAUUGUGAAUAGCCGUGUCUUGCCUUUCGGGAAUUCCACUCUUGACAUCACCGUAAUUGCUCAGAUGGAUGAUGAAUUCUCCAUGACAGUGAAGGAACUAGUGCAAAAACUACGAGUGCUUCUUUUGAACUUCAUUUGAUGAGGACCAAUGCUUUGACAGCUUCAUUACCAUUCGUAAUUGCACGUCAAAAGCUUCAAGUUCAAGCAAUCAAUGGAAGUAAAAACAAGCAUUAAUGGAUUCCUCUCCAAACUUGUCUCCUUUUUUCUAGACCAUUUGAUUUGGGGGUUCUUCCUUUUUGCGUGAUCCAAUGAAUAAUUACAAAAGAAGAUCUCUCUUUCAUCUACAUGUGUUUGUGUUUAUUGUUGUCUAUGUUUCUUAGAGGAGAGUAAUCAAUAGAGCACUUUGAUUUCGUUUUCUUUUUACUUGUUUUAGGUCAGUGGGUGGUGAAGUUUCUCCUUGAAUUGCAAUUUAAUUACAUUGUAUAAAACUCUCCCUUUUCUUUUCUUCUUUUUUCAUUUGUUUCCAAUGUAUAGAAUGCUCUUGCCUUUUUCAUUCUA